AUGGUUAAAGAAAAUGCUUUCCCAACUGUAAAUGCUGAUGUCUGUAUUACUUCUAGUGGCUGUUCACCUGAAACUAAUAACAGUCAUGAAAACGUUAAUCAACCAACCGUGGACUCUGACCUUGACCCUCCAGUGUCCGAAAUGAAUAAUCACUCAAAGGAUUCAAUUGAAGCAGUACAGCUCUCAAUUUCUGUUACCAAAGAACGAGCAGCUACCCCAAUCACUCAAGCGACCAAUGAUAACAGCAAUAUAGAACCAAAUGUUGGAAAAUCUUUCGUCUUAGCACCUCCACAACGGAAUAAUAUCGAAUGGUUAGGUCGCUUACCGUUGAUUGAAACACUAAAACAGGCUAACCAAACUUCGUUCUGCAACACUAAAAGUAGAAGUAGUAGUGUUUUUAAAAACCGCGACACCGAGUAUUAUAAAGGUUGUCAAACAAAUUCAAAGCCUUUAACUUCACCAAGGCAUAAUAAUAUACGUAAUUCCCCUGGUCGACGCCCUUUUUUAAAACGUCAGAACAUCAAACCACCAUCAUAUCGAACAUCUCAUCGUCAUCACUCACUAGAGUGGUUGAUCCAUCUGUAUGUGGUGUACCGCAUGAUGAGACAAUGAGAAUACCAGUCAGAAUCACCUUGCGCUACCCUACACAGAAUAUGACUCAAAAUGGACCAAGUUUUUCGAACCUAGUAAAUAUUCAAUUGUAAACUCUAGGGAAAAGACCCUAACCAAUGAUCGAAUUGCUAUUGAUUGCCAAGACUCGACCUCUGUGUUGCGGAAGUGUUUACGCUUUGCUUGUGUUAAUUCGCGCUCUGUAAGGAACAAGAUCGCCGUUAUCAUUGAUCAUAUGGUUGAUAGCGGUAUUGUUAUAUGUACUAUCACUGAAACGUGGUUGAAGGAAUGUGACUCUGUCAGCAUUGCUGGACUAUCUACUGCAGGAUUUGUGUUUAGAUCUUUCCCAAGACAGUCUGGUAGAAGUGGUGGCGGCACGGGUAUUCUGUGCAAAGAAUCGUUAAAUGUAAAAUCCAGUGACUGUGGGGAAUUUAAUUCGUUUGAAUUCUCGGAGUGGAAUGUUUGUGUGCACAAGCAAACCAUUAAAGUGGUGACAAUCUAUCGACCUCCUUACUUGGAAGAUCACCCGGUUUCAUCAAAUGUGUUUUUCGAAGAGUUUUCAUCAUACUUGGAGAACAUCGUUAUGAUUCCCGAAGUACUCUUGAUUACAGGUGAUUUUAAUUUUCACGUUGAUUGUCCAACCGAAGCAGACGCGAAAAAGUUUGCGGACUUAAUGAAUACUUUUGGACUUAUCCAACAUGUUCAUGUCCCAACUCAUUCAUCAGGUCAUACCCUUGAUUUGAUUAUCACUAGAUCAAUCAAUGAUGUCACAAUCACCUCUCCUUUGGCGACGUUUGCUUUGUCUGAUCAUUUUUUUGUUGAAUGUUUGUUGGAUAUUCCUCGCCCAAACAUCCUAGUUAAAGAAGUUUGCUAUCGCAAAGUUAAACAUAUUGACCUCAAUGCCUUUAAAGCUGAUAUAUGCGCCUCAGAUCUAUUUCAGAAAACUUGGUCAAGUGUUAAUGAUAUGUCAAAAUGCUAUGAUAUUACCCUAUGUUCUAUUCUUGAUAAGCAUGCUCCUUUGAAAUCGAAAGUUAUGACUGUUCGACCAAUGGUUCCUUGGUUUAAUGAUAGUUUAAAGAAGCUGAAAGCUAAACGUAGGAAACUGGAAAGAAUCAUGCUUAAAUCGAAACUUGAAUGUGAUAAGAAUGCUUAUCGUAAGGUACGCGAUGACUAUAGUGCUAUAUUGAAUGACAACAGAAAAAUUUUUUAUUCCAACCUUAUUGACAAAUCUGAGUCCUUUUGUAAGAAAAUUGAACUCGUGAAAUCAAUGAUUGACGAGAUUUCCAUUAACCCACCUAAUGUUCCAUUUCAUCUGCCUGAAGUGAAAUUGGAUGAAUUUUCUUCGGUUUCUGAGGAUGAAGUUCGGAGGAUUAUCCUUGAAUCUUCGAAUGCUUCCAGUAAGUUGGACCCUAUUCCUACAUCAUUGGUUAAACUCUGUUGUCAUGAAUUGGCCCCAAUCAUUGCUGAAAUCAUUAAUCUCUCUUUCUCUGAAGGAAUUGUACCCGAUCAUUGGAAAAUAGCGCUAGUUCUACCUCUUUUGAAGAAAUUUGGGCUUGAUUUUAUGUUUGAAAACUUCAGACCUAUAAGCAACCUGCCAUUUGUUGCCAAGUCUGCUGAGAAGGCAACGAUUUCUCACUUAUCUAUACAUUGUGCUGAAAAUGCCCCUUUUCCCGAGUAUCAAUCAGCGUAUCGGAAAAUAACUCAACAGAAACAGCUUUACUAAAAGUCCAGAACGACAUUCUCCUCAGUAUGGAUCGGCAGGAGGUUACGCUUCUGGUGCUUAUCGACCUAAGUGCCUCAUUUGAUGCUAUCGACCAGUGUGUAGUAAGGCGUUUCGCAGCCUCUAUAAUAUCCGGCAGAUAAGGAAAUUCCUUUCAGAUGAUACAACAAAGAUUUUGGUUCAUGCUUUUGUUACUUCACACCUGGACUACUGUAACUCAUUGUUUUAUGGUCUCCCACAGUCUCAAUAUGAUAGGUUACAAAGAGUUCUCAAUGCUGCAGCACGUGUGGCCUGUCUAAUCCCCUAAUUCGAUCAUAUUACUCCCGUUUUGAUUGGCCUUCAUUGGCUUCCUGUACGGUAUCGGGUAAUUUUCAAGAUUUUGUUGCUGGUGUACAAGGCUCUUCAUGCUAAUGCACCGCCUUAUAUCUCAGACCUUCUGACACCUAAGCGUAUUGGUUACUACAGCCUGCGCUCGAAUGAGCAAAAUUUGCUAAUAGUUGCUAAGACAAUGAGAAAAACGUUUGGCGACAGAGCUUUUGCCAAGGCUGGUCCAUUUUUGUGGAAUGAACUUCCCGCUGACAUUCGUGAAGCGUCAACAGUGGAAACUUUUAAAUGCAGACUUAAGACCUUUCUUUUUAAAAAGGCAUUUUAUCUUUAA